GGCAGCGAUGCAUCAUCUGCAGAGUUGUCGGAGGCGGAUGCAGCCGGUAGAGCGCUUCGUGAGACGGAGUACUCAGUGGCAUAUUCCAGAUUCGAUAGCAGAAAGCCUUGUCCUGCAUCCUGAACAACUCAAUUUUUAA